AACUCGGAGGAAAUGGGUGAUGGUCGUUGAAGAACAGGUACUGCUCGACAACGAAAGAAUUCGUCACUGAAAAUGUGAAAGAUGGAACUUUAUAUGAACAUUUUAAGGACAAUUGGAACUGAAAGUGAAAAGGCAAGAUUUAAGUUGCAUAUAUAAAAUCAAGCAAGAUUUAGAUUUAGAGGCAGAUCCUGUUUGCACAAAACAGCCGUUUAAAUGUUUUCUGGUAGUUGUCUCCCGUGCUUUACUCUCCAUCUCCAGCGUCCACUCAGACAACGAAAGAUGCUGGUCAAUCGGAAGACAAGUUUCAAGGAUAGCCAUCCACUGGCUGACUAUGGGCCUGAUGAGAACCUUAAUGACAACAUCGAUAUUGAUUGGGUAAACAAACCGUGGGUGCGACGGUUGUUACGAGGUUGUGCCCUCAUUAGCAUAAUGUCCGUUAGUAUGAACACUCCCAAGACAUUUGCUUACUACAAGGAGCUGGAAUACCUGACUUUUGCCUUCGACCUUAUUGUAACGUUUCUAUUCACUGCUGAGAUGAUAGCAAAGAUGCAUAUAAGAGGAAUAUGGAAGGGUGAGGCUCCGUACCUAAAGGAUCGAUGGUGUCAAUUUGAUGGUUUUAUGGUAUUUUGCCUGUGGGUGUCUGUGAUACUACAGGUGUUUGAGAUGACAGGUGUUGGUGGACAGUUUUGGUCCAUUCUCAGAUGUCCCCGACCUUUAAUCCUUAUCCGAGUUUUCAGAGUUUUUCUCAAGUUUCAAUUGCCAAAGGCUAGGAUAAAUUCUAUAUUCAAACGAUCUGGCCAACAGAUCUACAAUGUGACAAUAUUCUUCCUCUUCUUCAUGUCACUAUAUGGAAUCCUUGGAGUGCAGUUCUUUGGAGAGCUUAAGUAUCAUUGUGUUCUCAACACCACCAAUCCCAAUAAUGUUUCCAUCAUGGACCUUGCAAUUCCGGACACAUAUUGCUCUCCGAAGCCAGAAUUUGGCUACCAGUGUCCAGACGACAUGACUUGUAUGGAACUUGCUUUGGAGCGCGGUGAGAGAGGUUUCAAUGGAUUCGAUGAGUUUGCAACAAGUUUUUUCACGGUGUACGAGGCCGGCUCACAGGAAGGAUGGGUAUUUCUAUUGUAUCGCACUACAGACAGUCUACAGUCCUGGUUGGCCUUUGUCUACUUCAUCACACUUAUAUUCCUCAUGGCCUGGCUUGUCAAGAACAUUUUCAUAGCUGUAAUAAUUGAGUCGUUUGCUGAGAUUCGGGUCCAGUUUCAACAGAUGUGGGGCCCUAGAAAGAGUGCUCCUGACUCUGAUUCCUCUCAGGUGAUUCAGACAGAGGGAAACACAUGGAAGAUGGUGAUGAUAGAUGAAAACAAGGCCCAGGGAAUGGCACCUCCUGUGUUUCAGAGAAUCAUGUGUUCCAAUGUUUUCCACACCUUCUUCCUGUUGCUGGUCCUUGCCAGUGCAAUCACAGAAGCCAGCCUCUCCUUUGAUCACAAGACUCGGUUACCAGAAAACAAACUAGAUGGAUUCUAUUAUGCAGAGGUAGUGUUUACAGCCAUGUUUGUGUUUGAGGCCUUAUUUAAGAUCUGGUGCCUGAGUCUACAGGGAUAUCUGCGACGAUCACUCCACAAGUUUGAAUUACUGUUGGCCAUUGGGACAAUGCUACACAUCAUCCCCAGCCUCUACAGGUCACAGUUUACAUAUUUCCAGGUUUUACGAGUUGUCCGUCUAAUAAAAGCAUCACCUAUGCUUGAAGAUUUCUGUUUUAAGAUAUUUGGACCUGGUAAGAAGCUGGGAAGCCUCAUUCUAUUCACCAUGUGUCUUCUCAUCAUAGCCUCAAGCAUCAGCCUCCAACUUUUCUGUUCAAUCAAAGAUUUCCGGAACUUUGAGACUUUUGUUCAGUCCCUUAUGUCCAUGUUUCAAAUCCUGACCCAGGAGGGCUGGAUUGAUGUACUUGAUGGCGUGUUGGCACACACUCGCAAUGGGUUUUUACAGAUGUUAAUUGCCUCUUAUUUCUGUCUGUACCACCUCUUUGUGUCGUUGAUCGUCAUCAGCUCAUUUGUAGCUGUCAUUUUGGAUAAUCUGGAGUUGGAUGAAGACAUCAAAAAACUCAAACAGCGGAAGGCACGAGAACAGAGUGCUGAAAUACAAGAAACCAUGCCACUUAGAUUGAGGAUAUUUGCCAAGUUUCCAAAUCACCCUCAGAUGGUUCACCUGACAAAAUUGACAGGAGAUUUCAGCAUCUCGGAUAUCCGAGAGAGCUUCAUGCGACAAUUCAUGGGUCAGGAGUUAAACUUGACUGUAGAUAUACAGGAACACCAUGAGGAGACAACUCCGUUUACUAAAUCAACACCGCUGAGGCUGGUGAAAUAUUCAGUACAGGGGACAAAGAGUGGAGGGGUGGUGGAAAAGAAAAAUGGCAUUUCAAUGAUUGUGAGGGACUCAGCACAGCAGAAGAUGCAGGUGUGUGGAUCGACCCAGCUGGUGGCAUCAGGGCCAAAAUCUCUCCUGUCACAACAGUACCAACUCCGUAUGGACCGCAGACUUUAUCCCAAAACGAGUAUGAGAGGAUCUCGUCCAGGCAGUUUGAGAACAAGCACCAAAAGUCCAGGAACCGUUAAAGAAAAUGGUGAUUUACACUAUGGUGUUGCUCACAUUGUAAAUCGAAGAAAUGAUGAAUUUGAUAUCAAGGUGUGGCAGCAGAAAAAACAACAGGCAGAAAUCAAAAGGAAUCAACAGGAAGAGGACCUCAGAGAGAACCAUCCAUUUUUUGAUACGCCUCUGUUUGCUGUUGGGAGGGAAACUCGGUUCAGAAAAAUUUGUCAGGUGAUAGUUAAUGCCAAAUAUAACUACAUGUUGAGAGACCCAGUCACUGGCAAGGAUAUAAACAGCAAGUACAAACGUAUACAUAAGUUGCUGGGUCUGGUGACCUACCUUGACUGGGUUAUGAUCAUGGUCACCAUCAUGUCCUGUAUUUCUAUGAUGUUUGAGACGCCUUUCUUCCGACUAAUGGACCACCUCAGUCUGAAGGUGACAGAAUAUUUCUUUGUGAUCUGUAUGAGUCUAGAGAUGGGCCUGAAGGUUCUUGCCAAUGGGUUCUUCUUCACACCCAAGGCUGUAAUCAAGGACUUUGGUGGCAUUCUUGACCUUUUUAUAUACUCAGUGAGUGUAAUCUUUGUUUGCUGGAUGCCACAAGAAGUCCCUCCCAUUUCUCUAGCCCAGGUGUUUAUGAUUCUACGCUGUCUCCGUCCACUCCGCAUCUUUGUACUCGUACCACAUAUGAGGAUGGUGGUAUAUGAGCUUGUCAGGGGAUUUAAGGAAAUUCUAUUGGUAUCUGUUCUGCUGAUAGUCCUUAUGUUUUUGUUUGCUACCUUUGGUGUUCAUCUGUUGGGCGGUCGUUUAGCAAGGUGUAAUGAUCCUGCCAUUUUAACAAGGGAGAAUUGUACUGGAAUCUUCCUAAAUCAGGUGUAUGUGACCAAGAUGAAGGUGAAGGUCUUUAAGAACGAACAGCCAGGUUUUUAUGUCCCUAGGACAUGGACAAAUCCCUAUAAUUUUAACUUUGACAACAUUGGUAAUGCCAUGUUAGCCCUGUUUGAGGUGCUGUCGUUAGAGGGAUGGCUAGAAGUGAGGGAUGUAAUCAUUGAACGAGUUGGCACGGUCCAUGCUAUCUAUGUACACGUGUUUGUAUUCAUCGGCUAUAUGAUUGGUCUGACACUGUUUGUAGGUGUGGUCAUAGCCAACUACAGUGAAAAUAAGGGAACUGCCUUAUUGACUGUUGACCAGAGAAGAUGGCUGGAUCUCAAAGGCAGAAUCAAGUUAGCCCAGCCCCUCCACAUACCUCCUAAACCAGAUGCCGCUGGUCUCCGAGCUAAGAUGUAUGAUAUCACACAAGACACCAUGUUCAAGCGAGCCACUGUUCUUUUGGUUCUCCUCAACUGCAGCCUCCUAGCAGUGCCAUGGAAGGAAUCCAAUAUGCCAACAACAUAUGCCUUAGCUACUGUAUCUGCUAUAUUCACUAUGAUGUUCUUCUGUGAAGUGGUGAUGAAGAUGAUAGCCCUUUCACCAUUGGGUUACUGGACAAGUCGUAGAAACAGAUUUGAUAUGUUUGUCACCCUGCUGGGGCUCGUCUGGAUCAUCCUCAAUUUUACUAUAGGGAAUGAUCAAACUCAUUCCUUUGGCUUUAUCGUGAUAGUUCUGCGGUUCUUUACCAUUACUGGCAAACAUGCUACGUUGAAGAUGCUGAUGCAGACAGUGGUGAUGUCCGUGUUUAAGAGUUUCUUUAUCAUCAUGGGAAUGUUCAUCCUGAUGAUGUUCUAUGCAUAUGCUGGUGUUAUUCUAUUUGGCACUGUUAAACAUGGCCACGACCUUGGAAGGCAUGCCACAUUUGGAACCUCCUCCAAUGCUAUAGCUCUGCUGUUCAGGAUUGUCACAGGGGAAGACUGGAAUAAAAUUAUGCAUGACUGUAUGGUGAGUCCUCCGUUCUGUACACUGGCUGACCCUGGUGAGAAUUAUUGGCAGACAGAUUGUGGAAACUUUACGGCCUCUUUGCUCUACUUCUGCUCCUUCUAUAUCAUCAUCACCUACAUCGUCCUGAACCUGCUUGUUGCUAUCAUCAUGGAGAACUUCUCUCUCUUCUACUCUAACGAGGAGGAUGCCCUGCUCAGUUACAGUGACAUCCGACACUUUCAGAACACCUGGAAUCUCGUCGACAUCAGCAGGAAGGGUGUUAUAUCUGUAAGGAAGGUGAGACUGUUACUACGGUUACUUAGGGGUCGUUUAGAAGUAGACCUCGAAAAGGACCGACUUCUGUUCAAACACAUGUGUUAUGAGUUGGAAAGACAACAUGGUGGAGCUGAGGUCACAUUUCAUGAUGUUCUGAACAUGCUGGCAUAUCGGUCAGUGGAUAUCAGUAAAAGUCUUCAGCUGGAAGAAUUACUGGCGAGACAGGAGCUUGAGUGUACUAUAGAGGAGGAAGUGGCCAAACAGACCAUCAGGAACUGGCUGGACAAGUGUCUUAAAAGGAUAAGGGCGAAAGAACAUUCCAACAUUCUGACCAACCUGCGGGCAACCAAUGAGCCAUUGUUUACAGUAACUGAGCAGCCGUCCAGUGCUGCAGAUAGUAGUGAGGAAAGUAAGGAUGAGGGUCCAACUCUACCACGAACCAGGAAGAAGGGAACAGUUGAGCUGCAGCCUCCAAAUAUCUUAGUGCAGCCCCCACCCCUCUCCCCUCAGGGCUCUUUUGUCAGAAAGUACCUAAACCCUUCAUUAGGAGAUGGACUCUCCCGCGUGGACAAAGAUAGGCCUGGUCUUAAGAAACGCAGCACCAGAAUCUCUACAGGAGCUAAGACCCUAGGAGUUAAUCUUAAUCAGGUGACAGAGACUGCUCCGGAGGAUGUUUCCCCAAUGCAGGAAAAAGUCAUGGAAACUGUCUUAAUUGGAGAAAAUGUUUCUAACAAUGUACAAUCAUGGUGGAAAGAUCAGCUAGGGGGGUUCCCACAACUAGAUAUAGACUAAAUAAAAGCUUUCCUGAAUCUAUAUUAAAUUGCAUCUUAAACUGGAACUAUAGGAGAUUUUUUCCAAAUUCUCAAAAUAUAAAUGAGAAAUUGACAUAAAUUCCUUUACUCAAUAUGGUAGAUAUUAAAGAUAUGGUAGACAUUGAGGAUACCGUUUUUUAUGUGGAUAACUAUCUCAAGAUUCUAAGAACAGAACAAUAUGUAUUGAUAAUGAAUGACAGUGAUAACACAACAGAGGAGAGGUAACUUGCUCCCUUUUGAAAAGAAACACAUGAUUUCCUAUGAAAAAGAGUCACAAGAUAAAAAAAAAUCAAUAAAAGUCAAAAUUUCUAACCCAACAGUGAGUAAAGUAAUGGCAAGGAACAUAGGAGCAGGAAAAUUUGUAUUCUGUGUAAUGUGCAUUCAGACCUAAAACAAAAUGUUGAUAUGGAAUGACAAAGAUUAGAGAUGUAAUAAUUUAAAAGAAACAUUGAUUUUGAUUAAUGUAUACUUGUAUGAGACUUUAUGAUGCACAAGACUUAACAAAGUUAUAUCAUUUUAUGUUGGAGAAGUUUUAUUUCAAAUUCUGAAAAAUCAUCUCUUUAUUUUUUCAAGUUUGGUCUUAAACAAGAUUUAUGUGGUAUAACAAAGUAGGUUUAUAUUUUCUCUUCUGUCACAAAGGACACAAUAUUUAUAAUACAAACUUCUGUAAUUAUGGACUUAAUUUGUUUUGAUAGAAAAAGAAAAUGCUUAUCAAUAAGUAAAAGAUCAUGAAUUUUAUCAAAACAAUUUGGGAAGGUCAUAUUUAUUUUGGAUAAAUAAGAGUUAAAUUCAAGAUAAAGUAAAGCUGGUAAUUUUCAUAGUCAAUAUUUUCAUAAAUGUUUUAUAAAACCAAUAAACUCUAUUAAUACAAAUUGAAAUUUUGUGAUCAUGUUAACGAAUCGCAAAAUAGCAAAAAUAUCAUUAUGAAAAUAACUGACUUUUUAAAAAAAUUCAUUUAUGCAUGAAAUUAAGACUCCAUGUUACUUCUCAACUAUAAAAUAGAAAGAUAUUAGUUUUAUAAAUCCAAGCGGAUUUCAUAUUAUCUUCCAGUUAGUGAAAAUUUGCAAAAAUGUGAUGAAAAUAUCUCGAAGAUGUGUACACAAAAUUAUAAUUUAUUUACUGAACAGAAUAGUUUGUAAAGUUUAAUACCAAUUUGUAUAUUGAAGUGUAUAGUGGCAGCUGAGAAUGACAUAGUAGUAAUCUUUCUUGGAAAGAGUAAAUACUUGUCCUAGUUGUUUAUUUAUUUUUUCUUACCUUGAAAGUGCAAUAUAUCUUUUAAUUCAUUUACAGUUUGUGCAAUAACCCAGCUAUAAGCGAGAAACAUAUGGCAUAUAUAUUUAUUAUUGGUUAUUAGCUCAUCAGGCCCAAAAGGGCCCAAAUGAGCCGAUAUCAUGGUGCGGCAUCUGCCAUGUGUCAGUUAAGUGUGAUUUUUUCUUUUUGAAUGAGUUUCUCUCUUCAGAUGAAAAGAAAGGCUUAGAAGCAUUAUAUUUGACUGUUGAGUUCAUUUGUUGAAGCUGGAAAAAAGUUUGUGAAAAGAAUUUUCUACCUAUCGUUUAAGUCACAGAAUCAGAUUUGUGUAAAUCUUCAAGCAACUUCUAGAAUCUAGGGCAAUAAUCUGAUUACUGAACUGAAGCCAUCAAAAAGGUCACAGGUCAAAUUUAAUGAAAGCUUCAAAUUUUUCUUCUCAUUGACCAAACUGAAUGUCAGUGAUGCAAAAUGUUGAAGUAUUUGUGAAAAGCAUAGAAUAGGAGGUGAACGAUACAGGUACAUUUGACCUCUCGUAUAUUAUAAAAAAGAACUUAUAAAGUAACAAGUGAUCAUAGAGUUGAAUCAAAAUCAAACUUUAAUCCUUCAUUUAUCAUUAUGCAGUCAUCUCCAGAUAUUUUUUCUUGAUUUUCUGUCGACUCUCUAAAGGCAGAUGUCAUUUGAUCUAUGUUUAAUAAAUGAUGGAUGAUCCAACACUUCUCUUAUGGAACUUUGCGGUAGUGUCCUCUGGUGGAUCCGUAUAGGAUUCAAUAGAGUUCCUCAACAAGAAAACAUAAUAAAGCAAAAAGAAAACUCAACUGUACAAGGAUGUUAUGUGGAAUAUGACUUUGCUUUAUAUAAAUUUUUUUCACUUUGUAACAUUUUAGUUAUGAUUUUGACAUGUUUAUUUAGUUAUUUAUGUUGUUGUCUCUUUAGGUUGACUAGUUUUAACAGGUACCUAUGAUUUACACUUUUUUCUUUUAAAAAAAAACCCACUGAUUUUCUUUUAAUGAAGCAUCAUUCUUACUUUUGCCUCUUAUUUCUUUUUACAAAUACAAUAUACUUAUUGUGUAUAUGUAAAUUAGUUUCCUUAUUUUUAAUGAAGUAUUUACCAGAAUAGGUCCACAUCAGUUAAUCAUCAUUAAACAAGAUUGUAUAAAUUAGUACAGUAAUUAAAUAACUGGACCUGAACAAACAAUACAAAAAUUUGGUUUUGUACAAACCUAUUAUUGUAAGCGAUGUUUUGCUUGUAUACUGACAAAUCUUCAAAAAAAAAUCUGUGAUUUUUACUUCAGACGUGCAUCUGCCAAAACCUUUUUGUUAUAUCAAACAUGUGUUCAAAUAUAUAUAUAAAUAUAUGUGAUGAUGAAAAGUAAAUAAAAUGUUGAUUGUUA